CUUCGACAUACUUGGUCUCGAACGCGGCGGGGGCCGGCGAGCGAAUCUUGACGCGCACAAGGUCAGCCGUCUGGCGUUAGCUGUGGAGUGUUAGGCGGGGGGCGCACGUAGAUGUUGAGGAUUGUGAGGGCGGUGGCGGCGAGCAAGAGGACCAGAGAGACGAGGUAAGGGCUCUUGCGCAUAGAGUGCUUCACGCGUGGGCGGGCGUCGCUCUCGCUCUCGCGCUGGCCGCGAGGUGUGCGGCCGCGUUCUGGCAUGGUUGGAGAUGCAGGAGAGAGUUGUGCUGAUGAUGGGAAAGAGGAAGAGAAUGACACGAUGGUGGAGGUGGGCGGGGCCGAAUGUUGGCGGGAGUGGCGUCACUUGCGUCCAUCUGCAACUUAUAAACAAUCCACUUUGUGAUGGACGUCGACAGCGAUGCCGCGCCAGUGGUCGGCCCCAAGCCGAUCAGGAAGCUGGCAGCUGAUGUCGUCAACCGCAUCGCUGCCGCCGAGAUCAUCCAUCGGCCGUCGAAUGCCGUCAAAGAGCUCGUGGAGAAUGCGCUCGACGCCGGAUCCACGAGCAUCAAGGUGACGGUGAAGGAAGGCGGCCUCAAGCUUCUCCAGAUCACCGACAACGGGCACGGCGUGAAUCGCGCCGACCUCCCCCUCCUAUGCGAGCGGUACGCGACGUCGAAACUCACAAAGUUUGAGGACUUGCAGGCGAUCGCAACGUUCGGCUUCCGCGGCGAGGCCCUCGCGUCCAUCUCGUACUGCUCGCACCUGGAGGUAGUGACCAAGACGCGCGCGGACACGUGUGGCUGGAAGGCGCAGUACGCGGACGGGGUGCUCAAGGGCGAUGCACGCCCUACCGCCGCCAACGACGGGACGACGGUGAGCGCGGCGGACCUGUUUUACAACAUGCCGCUGCGGAAGCGGGCGUUCCGCUCGGCGUCGGACGAGUAUGCGCGCAUCCUCGAUGUCGUGAGCAAGUACGCCGUGCAUAACCCGCACGCGGGGUGGGUGUGCAAGAAGGCCGGGAGCGCGCUGCCGGACGUCAGCACGGCCGCGGGGAGCACGGCCAAGGCCAAUAUCGGGCUGCUGUAUACUCCGGCGCUGGCGGCCGAGCUGCUCGAGGUGGAGGAAACGGCCUUCCCCAAACUCGGGGGCAAGGUGCGCGGGUGGGUCAGCAAUGCCAACUCGAACUGGGCGCGGAAAGGCGGCUGGCUCUUGUUCAUCAACAACCGCCUCGUCGACAGCUCAAAGAUCAAGAAGGCCAUUGAUGGCCUGUACACGACGUACCUGCCCAAGGGUGCGAGUCCGUUCGUGUACCUCGCUCUCGAGCUAGAUCCCGCCAACGUCGACGUGAACGUGCACCCGACGAAGUCCGAGGUGCACUUCCUGCACGAGGACGAGGUGGUUGAGGCGGUCGUGGCGGCGGUGGAGAAGACACUCGCGGGCGCGAACACGAGCCGCACCUUCACAGUACAGACGAUGCUCCCCGGCGCGGAUGCGCUGGACAAGCGCGAGCGCGAGCGCGACGCGCCGCGCGCUAAAGCUGCGCCGAAUUACAAAGUGCGCAUGGACCCGACGAACCGCACGCUCGACUCGAUGAUAACGGUCGUCGCGCCCUCGCAGAUCUCGCACGAGCGGCCGGCGAAACGGCGCAUCAUCGACCCAUCGGCGGACGUGGUGUUGGCAGACGACGACACGCCACUGUGGAACGCGAGAGAGGAGGGCCGCGACGCCCCCGAGAGCGAGUGCGACUUCACGAGCAUCCAAGAGCUGCGGGGGGCGGUGCGCAAGCGCGCCAGUCCUGACCUUACAGAGACGAUCGCGAAACACGCGUUCGUUGGCCUCGUCGACCGCACCAUGUGCCUCUCCCUCAUCCAGCACCAGACGCGGUUGUUACUCGUCAACCACGCGGCCAUGGGUGACGAGCAUUUCUACCAGCUGGGCCUGCGGCAGUUCGGCGCCUUUGGCCGCCUGAAGCUUGAGCCAGCGCCAAAGUUGGAGGACUUGUUGCGCAUUGCGGCCGAGGACGAGCCGCUGGCAGAGCACGGUUUGGCCGUGGACGAGGUGGUUGCGAAAUGCACCGCCCUCCUCCUCUCCAAGGCUGAUAUGAUUGACGAGUACUUCUCCCUCUCCUUCGCCGAGGGCGAGGUGCGCUCCCUCCCCAUUCUCCUCAAGGGCUACACGCCAAACCUCGACCGUUUGCCGCACCUACUCCUCUGCCUCGCAACAAGGGUAGACUGGGAAGACGAGAAGGAUUGCUUCGAGAGCGUGCUGCGCGAGCUGGCAUUCUUCUACUCCCCCCGCCCUUUCGAUGACGAAGACGAAGACGAGGACGCUGAGGAGGCAGCUCAUCAGGCGUGGCAGCUCGAGCACGUCCUCUUCCCCUCCUUCAGACGGACACAGUGGCCGCGCUCCAUGUCAACUGAUGUGAGCCAGGUCGCCAACCUCCCCGACCUCUUCCGCGUAUUCGAACGGUGCUAGCGUCAUGGACGCCUCUGUUGUAUCCCUAGGCCAUGUAUACAGGUACACAUCGUCUGCAUCGGCGCUGGCGAUAUAGUCCA